AUGCUUCAGAUUCGCCCAAAUGAUCAAUCAAUGUUGUUAAAUGCGGGUCGACUGUUGCAACAAUAUGUUGUAGACAAUUAUGUCAAAAUUGAAUCAGGGAGAUUAAGGUGGGUUAAAGAGCACCAAGGUGAUAUACGUUCUGAACUGUACCAAGGUUUACAUGAUGCUUUGCAUGUUGGUGAAACUAAUGCAGAGAACAUUGGAAAAAGAACAAUAUUGUCAUCAUCAUUUAUUGGCGGUCGUCGAGACAUGACACAACGUUAUGAGGAUGGCAUGGCUAUUGUUCUUAAUGGCGGUAAACCAGAUAUUUUUCUAACAAUGACAUGCAAUCCUUCUUGGAGUGAGAUAACAUCAGAACUUUUGCCUUUUCAAACACCACAAGAUCGUCCAGAUUUGCUAACAAGAAUAUUUCGUUCGAAAUUUGAGAAAUUGAAGAAUGAUGUUAUUAAUAAAGGAGUCUUGGGUAAAGUUAAAAGCUACAUGUAUGUCACUGAAUUUCAAAAGCGAGGACUGCCGCAUGUGCAUAUGUUAUUGGUCUUAGAAAGUAACGAUAAGUUGCGUGACCCAAAAGAUUAUGAUAGUAUGGUAAGAGCAGAUUUACCUAAAUUAGAAUGUGAACCACAGUUGCAUGAAGCUGUUAUAAGACAUAUGAUCCACGGACCUUGCGGCAUAAUCAACCGAAAGUCUCCAUGUAUGAAAGACGGACAUUGUAAAAAAAGGUAUCCCAAACAAUUCUUGGAUGAAACACGUCAAGGCACUGACUCAUAUCCCGAGUAUAGGAGAAGAUUUGAUGAGUCUGUAUCGUUAGGUAGAGAUAGGUCUGUCGAUAAUAGAUGGGUGGUUCCUUAUAACCCUUGGUUACUGUUAAAGUAUGAUUGUCACAUCAAUGUAGAGAUUUGCAGUAGCAUUAAAAGUAUCAAGUAUCUAUACAAAUAUGUGUACAAGGGCCCUGAUCGUGUGGCUGUGGAGGUUCAUAAAGGAUCAUACAUGGAUGAAGUUCAACAAUAUGUUGAUGCAAGAUGGAUUUGUGCUCCCGAGGCAUUAUGGAAAAUAUUUCGAUUCACUCUUUACCGAUUAUAUCCUUCGGUUGAAAGAUUGCAGAUCCACUUGCCGAACCGCCAUCAAGUGCGCUUUUAUGAUCAUCAGCAAAUUGCAGAUGUGUUAAAUAAUGAACGCAACUCCAAAACAAUGCUCACACAAUUCUUUGCAUUGAAUCUACGAGAUCCACAAGCAAGAAAGUAUCUGUAUAGAGAAAUUCCAGAGCAUUAUUGUUGGAACAAGCGGGGUAUGGAAUGGCAUCGUAGGCGAUCAACAAGAAAAGUUAUCGGGAGAAUCUAUACGGUCUCACCUUCGGAGGGAGAUAAGUUUUACUUGCGACUAUUGUUAUCGCAUGUCACAGGUCCAACCAGUUGGGAAUAUCUUCUUACAAAUAACGGCAUGACUUUCAGUACAUUCAAAAAAUCAGCCGAGGAUAGGGGAUUUCUAGAGACUGAUCAUAGUAUUCGUGAUUGUUUGGUUAAGGCUACGAGUCUCCGAAUGCCAUAUGCUUUACGAAGGUUAUUCGUGACGAUUUUAAUAUUUUGUGAACCUACUGAUGUUAGAGGCCUUUGGAAUGAGUUUUUUACACAUAUGGUAGAGGAUUAUCAAACAGCUAACAAUGUUGUGGAAUCAGACUUAACUAAUAUGUUGUUGAAGGACUUGAAUGAACUCUUAAACCUUCACGGUAAAAAGAUUGAUGAUUAUGAUCUCCCAUCUUUACCCCCUAAUACAAUAGACAGAGGUGCAGUUCCAAGUAUCAUACAAGAGGAGUUAGCGAUCGAUAUCCCCAAUGAAGAUAUUUGA